AUGCCAGCUUCUCGCCCUCCCUCUCCAGAGAACGACGUCUUUGCCAUCUCUACCACCCUCGUCCCCGAGCGCGACAACAAAAAGCCCGGAACAACCAGUCUCACCUUCGACAAUCUCCUCCCCCCGAACACCCCUCUCGUCCUCCACGAAGAUCUUCAAGAAGGAUGUGGAGGCCAACUCUGGCCCGCCGGCAUGGUCCUGGCAAAGUACAUGCUCAGAUACCACCGGACCAGCUCACUACGAGGGAAGUCCGUCGUGGAGAUUGGCGCAGGCGGUGGACUGGUGGGCCUGGCCGUUGCGCUUGGUUGCGAAAUCGACAAGGAGCAAAAGAUUUUCAUUACGGAUCAGAUGCCCAUGCUUGCGCUGAUGGGGAAGAAUAUUGCGCUGAACAGACUGGAAGACAAGGUAGUUGCAGAGAUAUACGACUGGGGCACUUCACCUCCGUCAUCCAUUCUGUCUCCUGGUGGGGCACAACAUCCGGACAUCGUCCUCGCCGCGGACUGCGUUUACUUUGAACCUGCUUUCCCCCUCUUACUACAGACAUUAAGCGAUCUCAUCGGUCCUGAAACGACGUGUUACUUCUGCUUCAAGAAGAGACGGAAAGCAGACAUGCGCUUCAUUCGUGACAUGAUGAGAAAGUUUCACGUUGAAUGUGUCGAGUAUGACGGGAAGGAAGCAGAUCAGAGAGAAGGCAUUUUUUUAUAUGGCGUGAGGCGAAAGAGUAGUGAUGAAAAGCAAUGA